UUCCAUGCUCUGACCAGGCUGCUGUUACAAUUUUGAGAGAGAUCAAGCCAUGUUCAGAUCAGCAAGCACUCAGAGGGGACCUGGUAAGUAUGAGAAAUUGGGGAAAGAAGCUUCUGGAAGUGGGGAUGCAGUGAAACCAGAGCUCAAAAGAAGCACAAGUUUGGGAUCAGCAAGAGAAAUAGGUUCAGGCUCUGCAUAUGGGAGCGGUCUGCAGAGGAAUCCGACCAAGAAGAAGAAGGAGAGCCAUCCAAUAUUCAGCUUCAUGGACUUUCGAGGGAACAAGAAAACAACAGCCAGGCCUGAAAUGGCAAGGUAUGUUGAGUAUCUCAAGGAAGGAGGCAUGUGGGAUUUGGACUCUAAUGAGCCUGUCAUUUAUUACAAAUGAAAUAUCCAGCUUGUGUGUUCGAUGUACUUUCUUCUUCUUCUUGUUUAGAUUUCUAGUUCAACACUUCAAGUAUGUCGCCGAGCAGAUAUAAGUGUUUCAUUAACUUGAAUGAAAAAAUCAUCUUAUCUUAA